GAGUUAUCUAAUACUCGAAGUAUUUUUCUAAUGCGACUAGUUACUAGUACUACAGACUUCUAGUAUUCUAGACUAGUAGUUACUUCAGCUAUAUGACGUCUUUUUAUAGCUAUUUACAAAGGUUUAACUAUUUAUUUUAUUCCAUGAAUAUUAAACUAGCAAAACUCAGAAGGCAGUUAAUUAUUAAGUAGAUAUUAAUGAAAACUCCAUAAUUGUUUGACAUAAAAAUAAAAUACCAUAAACAAAACAUUAAUAUAAAAAAAAAAUACAACUGACGUUUUGUUCAGUUUUAAACUUGGUUUUAAAUAGCAAUAUAUAGCUAUAAACAUCCCAAUUUAAAAUGUCGAAGAAAAUACAAUACAGAGAUGUAUCCGACGGAUUAAAGAAAUUACGAGAUUUUUUACUGGGCAGGAAGUAUACGUUGCCCCAUCGUUUCCCGCCUUUCAUUGCGCCUAGGACUAUUCCGCCCGCCGAAAUACCUAGAUGUCCGGACUAUAAAUAUUCUGGUCAAUAUUACUAUGAGAGGAAUGCAUUUGAUUCAGUCAAGCCGCCUGUAGUUGCCCCUGUCGCCGCCGGACCUCCUCUCAGUCAUGACCCAAGUAAAAAAGGGGCUGCGUUAAAAUCGGACGAUAUUUGCUUCAACCAACCGCCAACUCCCGGACAGCCCUGGUGGUGGGAUGGGCACUGUUAUUACGAGUACGUUGACGAUCCUCCACCAAAACCAGUUGUGGCCGCAACUAAAUCUGAUCGACAUUCCCCGCAAUGCCCACCCUCGUCGUCUCCUCCGAAGAAAUAGUUUUAGUUUUUGAAUAUUUAUGAAUGUUAUUAAAUUAUGCUUUUGAAA